AUGGAUGAAGAGGAACUUAGAUGCACUGAUUUGCAAAUACAUAUUAAAGUAUUACAACUAGCUGGUUAUAUUUCUGAGGAUACUGCAUUCCAUCACGAACCUAUGGAACAGUUUGGUAAUAGAAAUGAUGGUGGUAAAAGCGCAACAAGUGCUCUUUAUAUUAAUACCAAGCUCUUUUCAUUUGCAAGAUUAAUACAUAAUCCAAACGAUGUUAUAUUACUAAACUUUCUAAAUGAAAAUGGACAACAAAAUUCGAUGCUCACAUUAUCCCAAUGGUUUAGUUAA